CAGCGAGAGCGGCUGGUAGCCCGUCCCCGUCUGCGGAUAUAAAAGGCUGCAGGUCAGCACAGGCAGGCAGAACCGCAGCACAGCUCACAGCAAGCACACAGCAACACAGGAUCUGACAGGUCUUUCUUUUCUCUGAACACCACGGAAUCUGAGAUGGCGUGCCACAAGAGCGACACGUACAGAAUGAAGAUGUCCCACGGCCUGCAUUUGGAGAUCUCGCAUCAUCCUCACUCGAUGAGGAGCGUUGUCAAUCUCAUCAUUGCCAUUGACCGCCUGAAGGCCGGCAGGAUGGAGGAGGUGAUGGGUACUGACUUCAGGGACGAGCACCUUCUCAGCGUCAUGCUGGAGAGCAUUUUGGAAGAGCGACAUGUUGCUGAGAGGUCUUCUGCUCCCAGCCAGUUCAGCAGAACCGGGGAGUAUCAGUGCAGCGUGACGGACAAGCAGAAGAGGAGCUUGGUUCUGGUCAAGAACAGCAUGAAGCUGCUCGCCGUGAUGCUGCAGGGAGGCAGCGACAGCCGCAAAGUCCAGCUGAACAUGUCUACUUACCUUCACCGGGACCGCACGCCUGAGGCCAGGCCGGUGGCUCUGGGCAUCAAGGACACCAAACUCUACCUGUCCUGCCACCAAGAAGGAGACAAACCAACUCUGUUUCUGGAGGAGGUGGAGGACAACAGCACCCUUUCCACAAUUGGCCAGGAGAGCGAGAAUGUGCGCUUCCUCUUCUACAAACAGGACACGGGUGGAAACCUCAGCACCCUGGCGUCCGCCCGCUUCCCCGGCUGGUACAUCAGCACGGCGGCGAUCGACAGUGAACCCGUGGAGAUGUGCCAGGAGAGCGACAGCCGCUUCAGGACCUUCCACAUCCGCCAGAGCUAAAGCCGCGGACGUCCUUCUGAGGCCGACGUUCGGCCAUCUUCAGAAUAAAAGUUUCUACUCCAGAACAAGCACAACCACUGUCUGUUGAAAAGACACGUGCACGUGCUUCCUGUAUGUACCAAGUACAGAGAGAGGAAGGGUCCACGUGUUGACGUGGGCACAUUUCACCACAAGGUGGUGUCAAUGUACUGUCUUUGUCACUGACAUGUUUUUGCUUUAAAUUAUUUAUUUAUGUAUUUAUGAGAAAUGUCUGUACUUUGUACUUGAAUCUUGAUCUUUCAUUUUAAUUUAAAUAAAAUAUUAUUAUUGUUCCCAA